UUGGAUUGAAAUAACGUGCUUUGAUUAGCUCUCUCAUCAUUCAAAUUCGAGUCUUCAUGACCAGAGUGCACCCGAGACUAUUCAGGAUAGCAUUUACACUUCACACAUGGGCAUAGCACAUGGGCAUAGUGGUUGUGAAACAGUCUGGGCUUUUUGGCCGUCACAGCGAGCCAUAUAGCUGCUAGGUUUCGGCUGAACAAGCGCCCGUGCCACGAGCAUAUUCUGCUUGAGGCAAUAUAGGCCGACAAUGACAUCCAGGAAAGUCAUAACACCAGCGGGACAGGUGUGCCCGGGCUUAUAUCUUUUUAUAAAGCGUGGCAACGAACAUCGAAAGCGGGAUAAUCACAAAUCGGUUGUUUCGAAUGUCUGCUGCGAGCGUACGCGACAAUGGUGUCGUUUGCUAUGGCACAAAGCAGUAAACGAGUCAGGGCCAGUUCGACUAUCAGUUGACACUCGGUUCGGAGAAGGCGACAACCAGCAGAUGACGCUUCAGCUCCUUCGGUUCUCGACAUUCGCAAGGGGAGGGAAGAAGGUAGGCUUGUAUGAGGGGAUUCUGAUCUGGAUGCAUCGGGUCUUUUCCACUGCUCAGUGUGACUGGUUGAUGAGACGAGUUAGUACCCAAGCAUCGGUUUGUGACGAGCAGGGCUAUCGAAUGCCAGAAGAGGACAGAGUCAAUAACGGAAAGUGUAUACCACAGAGCCGAGAUGAAGCUCGCAUGCGAUGUCCUGCUCAUCUCGAGGAGGAGGAUCUCGAUACAAAGGACGAGCAUUGCUGGCCCUUAGCUACCAACACACUCUCCCCGCCGAAUCUGCUAGGCCACGCCAUCGAAAUCAUCACUUUCCGCAACCUCGACGGUCGGCAUGAAGAAUUUGCACCCAACGCCACGCUGCUGGCGUGCCGAGAUGGGGAUUAACUUCCUCCGCUGCCCCUAGUUGGACUGUUUGCCACGAGAUUCACUGAUGGGCAACGGGGUCUUUGCUGGAGAAUUAUCGCCGCCAUCGAUCGAACACCAAAAAUCUCGAUAGUAUAGUGCACAGAAGUCGGUGGGUACAGGUGGCGUCGGGGAAAGUAUUGAUCGAACCCAGCAUCAGU